UUUGUAGAUCACAAGUUCAACUACAAAGCAGCCAAAUCUAACUAAUAAUGAACUACAGAAACAAAAUUCUGCAAAACAAUUAAGAACAUACAAUAGUCUUCCUCGUUUAGAAGAUAAUAAUAAAACAUCUGAAAAUAAUAAAACAUCUGAAAAUAAUAAAACUUCUGAAAAUAAUAAAACUUCUGAAAAUGUACUGUCGCUUAUAGAAAGACUGAAACAAGGUGCUUCAUUUCUGAAUGACUUCCCCAUGCUUAUUGAGCCAGGUUCUGGAAAUUUAGAUGACGACGAUGAUGAUGAUAGCGAAGAGGGAAAUAGUUAUUAUUAUAAGAAUUCUGUGGAAGAAACUGAAGUUGAGGAAGAAAUUGAAGAAGUGGACAAAAAUUUACAAAUAUUUGAAGUGAAAAAUGAUGUAGAUAAAGUUGUAAAGGAUAAAAUGGAUGAUCAAAUAAAACCGUCAACAGUAAUUAAUACUAAAAAUCAGUAUAAGUUUAAGAAUUUAAAUGAUUUUUUAAGUUUGGCAUCAGAAAAUAAAAGUAAAAAUGAAAAUUUUUCUGCAGCAAAAACUCCACUUUUAAUUCAACGAAAUGAUCAAGUUUGUAGUAAUGCCACUGUUAAAGGUAAAAAUGAAGUUAAGAAAGAUCCUGAAAGUUACAGAAAGAUGUGUCAGAUGAUAUCAGAACAAGCUGAAAACAACAAAUUUAAAACUUUAAAAGUGAAUGAUAAAUCAUAUUUUAAGCUGAAUCUUUUAGGAAAAGGAGGCUCUAGCAAGGUAUAUCAAGUAUAUGAUUUUGAAACUGGAAAAAUUUUAGCAAUAAAAAAAGUGAAUAUUGCUGGUACAGAUCAUUCUAUCAGAGAAGGAUUUAAAAAUGAAAUAAAAUUACUCCAACAAUUGCAAGGUUGUGAUCGUGUUGUGAAGUUAUAUGAUUAUCUUCAAUUACAGGAAGGAAUCAUUCAUUCUGAUUUGAAACCAGCAAACUUUUUACUUGUUUCUGGAAAACUGAAGCUAAUAGAUUUUGGAAUUUCUUCAUCAGUUCAAAAAGAUACAACAAGUGUAAUUAAAGACAGCCAGAUAGGUACAGUUAAUUUCAUGCCUCCAGAAGCAAUUCAAAGCAUCUAUCUUCCAUCAGAACAUAGAAAUAUGACAGAGAAGAAAUUUAAAAUCAAUAGAAAAGCUGAUGUUUGGUCAUUGGGUUGUAUUUUAUACAAUCUAGUAUAUGGACAAACUCCAUUUCAGAGUUUUCACAACAUAAUUUCUAAAUUUCAAGCUAUUAUAAAUCCACAUUAUGAAAUUAAAUAUCCACCUCUCGAUGAUGAUGCUCUUUUGAAUGUUCUCCAGAGCUGUUUAAUAAGAGAUCCAUAUAAAAGGCCUUCAAUAGAAGAGUUGCUACAGCAUCCUUAUUUACACUCAAAUCAUGAAGAAUUGAGUGAUACUCCAUCAAGUUUAAGAGUACAUUCGGUAAUACAUCAGAUACUUCAAGAACUUACACCUAAAUGCAGAAAUAGGGUUCAAGAGGUAGCAGAAAAAUUAAAUGUUUUUCCGAAAAUGAAGAAAACUUGAAACUUUCUUUAGGAUUAAUUUUUACAUCAAGAUGAAAAUCAAAUUCGAUACUUAAAGAAUUUGAGAAAUAAGCGUCUUUGUAAAAUUUUAGAUCAUUAGAUACCAUUCAGUUAAUAAUUAAUAAUAUAACUUAGUUUGGUUUUCAUUACAAAAAAGAAAAAUUAUCGAAAUUUGUACGUAGAAAUAAAUUUUUUUCUUUUAGAUUGACAUUCAAAAUGAGUAUCUGAUUUUCUCCUUAAAAAACAAUUAUUAUUAUUAAUUUUGUAGUGCAAGUUUGUACAUAUCGACUGCAAUUAUCAUCUUCGAAGACACAUUUAAUUAAUGUGUAUGAAAUCAUUUUGUUUCUAAUUCUUUUUUGCUAACAAUGAAUAUUAACUUAUCAUUAUAUGAUAUAUUUAAAAUGUUUUGCUGUUUUUCUAUAAACAAGACUAAUUCUUGUGUCAGGAUGGUAUUCUGUUUUUAAGUAUCCAUAACAAUAAUAAUAUGUCUUAAAGUAAAUAAAAUGAUCAAAUUAUCUUGUAUGCUGCUGUAAAUAUUUUUUAAAUACAAAUUUUAUUUAAUAACUUUUCCCAUAACCAAUAUUUUGGUUGGAAAUAUGUUUUAACAAUAAAUAUUUACAUCAUUUGCUCACAUUUUAAUAGAAAACUUUAACUAAAACUGCUAGUUUUACAAACUUUAAAGGUUUUUACUUAAAAAACUGUUUAUUUAUUAUCACAAGUUGACAUAUUUACUGAUUGCUUUCAAUGGUACCAAGUUUGCUAGAUGGUCAUACAAUGUUUUUCUGUUAUUUUGAAGGAUCUCGAUUCAAAUGUGGUUUGUACGUGAAAUUUUUAAGUCGGCAUUUCUCACUCCUGCCGAUCUUGAUUUUAUUGGAAAAACAGUUUAGCUAUGUAACCUGUGUGAACAGAUGUUCAUCAAAAGUCUUAUUUAGAUUAUAAGCAUAUUCUUGUUCAUCAAAAGUAGAUUGGAAGUGUUUAAUUAUGGUAGCAUUGUCAUCUAGAUCAGUGUUUUUCGGCCUUUAUUAUUUCACGGCACACUCAAACCUAUAAUUAAAUUUCUGUGGCACACUUAAAUUAUAAUGAUUAAAAAAGAGUAAAAAGAAAGAUUGU